AUGUCUGCCUUGCCUGCCCCGCUAGAAGACUCCACGUCAGCUAGCGCACAGCUCGCAGGGAGCUCCCCUGCACCUGCCUUACCGCUGGCUUCGACGGAGGGCAAACCUGACCCCAACCAAAGCAAGCAAGAGGAGGAGAAUGAGGAUCCAAAAUUUGCAACAGAAAAGCCAGACCAAGAUGCACAAAAACCGGAAGGAAGCGAAACGGCCGAAGUUGACGACGCGGCUGCGCCGCCAUUGCCCGAUGAAGUCCCUCCACCAUUGCCUGACGAGGCCCCGCCAGCGAAGCCCGAAGAUGAUGGAUGGGAGCCCGCAUGGGAUCAUGUUGCGCAAAAAUAUUACUUCUACAACCGGUUUACCGGAGUCUCGCAAUGGGAUAACCCCCGCGUGCCCCAGGCAUCGGUCCCCGCUGCACCAGGCACGGAAGUAACCAGUCAGGAGGAAGCACCCCGCAAGGCACCCGUGCUUGGUGGCUACAACCCCGCCAUCCACGGCGACUAUGAUCCAACCGCACCUUACGCGCAGCAAUAUGAAGAGCAGGAGCCCGAGUCCAGUGCAGCAGGCCAGGACGCGGCCGCCGCUUACGCUGCCACAGGCACAUUCAACCGCUUCACUGGUAGAUGGCAAGCCGCAGAAAUCAACCCCGAAAACCACAAUGACGAGAACAAGUCCCGACGACAGAUGAAUGCGUUCUUUGAUGUCGAUGCUGCAGCAAACAGCCACGACGGUCGCAGCCUACGUGCAGAGCGCAGCGCUAGGAAGUUGACUAAGGCAGAGUUAAAACAGUUCAAGGAAAAGCGUCGCGAAAAGAAAGAGGAGAAACGCCGUGCCUGGUUGAGGGACUAG